AUGCUGUCCCCAGCCCAGGAGAAAGAGGUAGUGCAAGGCCCCGGUGCUCCUGCUGCCUCAUCCCCCUCAACCAAGGUUGUCCAGGGCCCCGAAGGCAGCCCCAGUAUCCAAAAAGAGAUUGUCCAGGGUAUUGCGGGCAGCCUCACCCCUUCCCUCACCAAGGAAGAGACUGUCCAAGGCCCAGCUGCUCCUGCUCCCCCGAUCUCCAAACAGAAUAAGGUUCCCCAGAGUUCUGAAGGGAGCCCCAUCUCAUCUCCCACCCAAAAAGGGGAUGUCCAGCACUCAGGUGCUUCUGCUGCCCCAUUUUCCACCCAGAAAGUGGUUUUCCAGGACCCUCCCGUUCUCCCUGCCCCAUCCCCCUCUGUGGACAAGGUGUCCCCCAGCCCAGGAGGCACUCCUACUCCAGUGGCCACAGAAGCAGAGGCCAGCAUGGAGCCCCAGCUUGUCCCUGACCCCACUGAGGGCAAGACGUGUCCAGAGCCAUCGAGGGACGAGGAUGAGGUGGCCCUGGAUGCUGACCUAGAGAUUUUCCUGGAUACCCUGCGGAGCAUGGAGCCCCCUGAGAUCCUCCGCACUCACCGGCUGCCACGAGCCCCCCGCUCCUCCUACCUGGCCAUGUACGCCACGCUGCCUGCCAUAGAGGAGGACCAGCCUGGGCCGUGGGUGCUGGGACCCAGCCCCCAGGAGGUGCCUGCACUGGAAGAGAAGGAGGAAGAAGGGGAGGAGGAGGAGGAAGAGCCGGAGAACCCCUACCUGAGUGACGACGAGAAGCUCCAGCGCAGGCAGGAGAAAGCUGGGCCCGGCCCCUCCCGGGACCUGCGCCCCGCCAGACCCACCCAGGCCUCUUGCUCUCCUCUGGAGAUGAUGAAGAAGCACAUGGCAGGUGCCAAGGGCGCCCACCCAGAGCUGGGGCUGGAACUGCAGGCAGGCAGCAGACCCGCUUCCCGUCUCGGAGGCAGCCUUCUCUUUGGCAGUCUGGUGUCUGCCACCAAGGAGAACCCCACCCCAGAACCACUGGGCACAAAGCUAUCUGCUCUGCCACCCCACGGAGCACCAGGGCUCAGGAAGGUGCCAGGACAGUUGCCCCUCCUCUGCAGCGAAAGGCCACCGCCAGAGAGGCCUGCAUGUUCCCAGUCCCCAGAGGGGUGGAACUCAGCCUUAAAGACCCAGGGCAAGCUGAACACCAGGCCUGGAAAGGUGAUCCUCUUCUCAGAGCCUGGCUGCCAAGGUGGCAGCAGGGAGAUCUGGGAAGACGUUGCUGACGCCUCGGGCUGGGCCCACGUAGCCUCCAUAAGGGUGGUGCGAGGCUGCUGGGUGUUGUACGAAGAGCCGGAGUUCCGGGGCCGGAAGAUGGUCCUGCCUGAAGGAGAUGUGGAACUCAGAGCCCCGGGGCUGGCGUGGGGCACCCAAGGCUUUGGCUCCUUAAGGAGGGCUGUCCGGGACUACGGCAUCCCGGAGAUCAGCCUGUUCUCUGAGGAGGGCCUCCAGGGUGAGCAAGUGAAGCUAACAGAGGCCUUGAAGGACCCCCAGGGCCUGGAGAAGCCCCUGAAGGUGGCCUCUGCCACUGUCUCUGCAGGACUGUGGCUGCUGUACCCCAAACCAUUCUUUGAAGACACCCCUUACGUCCUGGAGCCUGGAGAGUACCCCACCUCAGAGGCCUGGGGCACAACGGACCCCAGUGUGGGCUCCCUGGAGCCUGUGAGAUUGGGCUGCCCAAGUGUGGAGAAGCCAGGGGAGCCCAAGGCUGUGGUGUAUGAGACCCCAGGCUUUCAGGGCCGCAGCUGGGAAGUGAGCAGAGACAUCUACAACCUUCAGCAGCCAGAGGACAGCCAGAGCCCCCACCUGAUCUCCGUGGGGUCCCUGCGAGUUCUAGGGGGCUGCUGGGUGGGCUAUGAGAAGGAGGGCUUCCGGGGCCACCAGUAUCUGCUGGAGGAGGGGGAAUACCCUGACUGGUCACACUGGGGAGGCUAUGAUGAGUUGCUGACUUCCCUGCGGGUUAUCCGGACGGACUUCGGGGACCCGGCCGUGGUGCUGUUUGAGGCCAUGGACUUCGAGGGGCACGGUGUGGAGGUGAGCAAGGCGUUGCCGGACGUGGAGCUGGUGCGACACGGACCCCGCACGCAGGCCAUCCACGUACUCAGCGGCGUGUGGGUAGCUUACCAGGAGGUGGGCUUCUCGGGGGAACAGUACGUGCUGGAGAAGGGCGUGUACCGAAACUGCGACGACUGGGGCGCGGGCAACAGCGCCCUCGCCUCGCUGCAGCCGGUCCUGCAGGUCGGGGAGCACGACUUGCACUUUGUUUCGAAGAUUCAGCUUUUCUCCGGCCCCGACUUCCUGGGCGACCACAUCUCUUUCGAGGAUGACCAGGCCUCUCUGCCCGCCUCUUUCCACCCCCAGUCCUGCCGUGUCCACGGCGGCAGCUGGAUCCUGUUUGAUGAGAAGAACUUUGAGGGUGACCAGCACAUUCUCUCUGAGGGCGAGUUCCCCACUCUCACGGCCAUGGGCUGCCUGGCCUCCACAGUCCUGGGCUCUCUCCGGAAGGUACCCCUGUACUUUUCAGAGCCCUCCAUCUUCCUGUAUGGACUCGAGUGCUUCGAGGGGAAGGAGAUUGAGCUCAGCGGGGAGGUGCGGAGCCUGCAAGCAGAGGGCUUCAACAACCACGUGCUGUCCGUGCGGAUCAAGGGGGGCGUCUGGGUGCUGUGUGAGCAUAGCGACUUCCGGGGCCGCCAGUGGCUGGUAGGCAGCUGUGAGAUCACCAACUGGCUGACCUACAGCGGCACGCAGCGGGUGGGCUCCCUCUACCCCAUCAAGCAGCGCCGGGUUUAUUUCCGCCUCUGGAAUGCAGCACUGGGGGGAUUCCUGGCAGUGCCGGACCACGUGGAGGACAUGAAGGCAGGCCGCGUGGUGGUCUCCGAUCCCCGAGCUGGAGGCAGCUGCAUCUGGUACUACGAGGAUGGGCUGCUGAAGAACCAGGUGGCCCCCACCAUGAGCCUGCAGGUGAUCGGACCCCCCAGCCCAGGUUCCAAGGUGGUGCUGUGGGCUGAGAGCCGCCUGCCGCGCCAGACGUGGAGCAUCAAUGAAUCAGGCCACAUCUGCAGCCAGAUGUUCGAAGGCCAGAUCCUGGAUGUGAAGGGUGGCCGGGGCUAUGACCGGGACCAUGUGGUGCUAUGGGAGCUGGCCAAGGAGAGGGUGUCCCAAAUCUGGACCAUCCACGUGCUUUGAACGCCUCUCACCCCCAGCCCCGGCGGCGUUUGCUGGGAUGAAUGUUUUUAUAGAGUUUUUGUUGUAACAUAAGCUAUUUUCUAAUAUGCUUCCAGGUGUCCU